AUGCUAGGCUUUACAGUCCUGCCGCCUCCGCCUCGGUACCCCGGCAUGGGGCCCUAUGGCUCCAACCUGAGCGGCGUCGUCCCUAUCGUGGAAACCAACAACACGCUAGAGAACCCAUCGGGUCCUGAAUGGCAGUUCCUUGUUGGUGAAGGUACAUAUAUCCUCAAAGAAGACCUCCAUCUCGCAACUCCACCGCCUCAUCCCUCCGAGGCACCCAUUAUUAACCCAAACCCGCUAUCUACUGAUCCACAACCUGCCAGCGCGGGCACCAAAGUGACACUCAUGUCCCUGGAACCGCGAUCACCGCCAGCGGCAUUUGCCAAGGGUCCUACUGCGUCCGCGUUUGCUCCCGACGCUUCUGCCGGUGCCGGUGAUGGUUCCUACGAUGGACGCUCCUCGGGUGAUGCUAUAAAGAGCAGCGAAGACAGCCACAACGGCACAAUAAGCGAUAUCACACGACCUAGCGAAUCUGCUCCCGCGUUUGGAGAAGGGAAUACUCUCCUAGCUGCCGCACCUUUGAAGGACGCAACAAAGAGAAGAAAGCCAAAGAACAACGUCACCAAGAGUAACUCGUCAUUUAUUUCUAGAGUUAUUAUCAACGACAAUUUGAGCCGGCGGAUGGCAGAGCGACCUGCUGACGGCCUAUAUGGGUUUGCCAACAUCAACCGUGCUUUCCAGUGGCUUGAUAUGUCGUCUCCAACAAAGAACGACUACUUUACCAAGAUCUUGUUCACCAAGGCUCAUUGUUUAUGCCAUGAUGUCAACUUGGUAACAAAGGCCACGACUCAUAUGGAUGUUAUUUUGGGAUUCUCUACAGGUGAAAUUAUCUGGCUUGAGCCGAUUUCUCAAAGAUACACGCGAUUGAACAAAAAUGGUGUUAUUAACAAUACGCCUGUGGCAGAAAUCAAGUGGAUUCCCGGGUCUGAGAACUUGUUCCUUGCAGCACAUAUGGAUGGUCUCCUCGUUGUAUAUGACAAAGAAAAGGAAGAUGCCGUAUUCCUACCCGAAGAGGAUGAAGGCCAACCCAGUACCAACGAUACACCUGAUGACGGAAGCGAUCCAGCAACCAAGAUUCAAGUGCAAAAGUCUGUACAUUCAAAGAACCAAAAGUCCAACCCAGUCGCAGCUUGGAAGUUGUCAAACCAGCGCAUAAAUGCCUUUGCCUUUUCCCCCGACAACAGACACUUGGCUACUGUUUCGGAGGAUGGUACACUGCGAAUCAUUGAUUAUUUGAAAGAAGAGCUCGUCGAUCUAUUUUAUUCAUACUAUGGUGGCCUGACCUGCGUCUGCUGGACUCCGGACGGCAAGUACAUAUUGACCGGUGGACAGGAUGACCUCAUUUCAAUUUGGUCAAAGGAUGAUUCGGCUCUUGUGGCUCGUUGCCAGGGACAUGACUCCUGGGUUUCUUCUGUGGCUGUCGAUCCGUGGAGAUGCGACGACCGCAAUUACAGGUUUGGCAGUGUCGGAGACGACGGUCGACUGUGUUUGUGGGAUUUCAAUGUGGCAAUGGCCCAUGCGUCCAAGAAUGCAACUCGAAACCGCGGUUCCAUCUCGUCACAUCCAGAGACUGACCAUGGUGACGGAACCACUAACGGCAGAAACAUCUCACACGAGGUAGAGAUGCGCGCAAAUAUCCCGAUGAUUCCUGCAGUAUUGACGACUCCAAUCCAUAAGAGCCCACUAUGCUGGCUAGAAUUCACAAGCGACUCCAUCAUGACGAGCUGCAAGAGUGGCCAUAUUCGUACAUGGAAUCGACCUGGAAUGGGUCCUACCGAACCUGUAAGCGAAGCAGCGCAAUAG